UCCUAGUGCUGAGGGGGGGUCAAAGUCUAACACGGAACCGACAAGGGACGGUGCACUUGACAGACAGGACUCGAGACGGGACGGGGCUCUCUGUUUUUCUAUUUCUCACAUUCCAGGAGACGGAUCGGAGGGGUGUUUUGUCUCCAGUCCGACCGCGAUGGCUGCGCUGCUGAGGUGCUGCGCGCUCGUCCUGCUGGCGCUCCAGUGCGCGCCGGUUCCUGCGGGGGCCGAAGGAAAUGGGCCUCAGUUACAGAGGCAGAGAAGAGAGUGGAUCAUCGCUCCCAGAAAGCUGAAGGAGGAACACGACUACACAGGCUUGGAGUUUAUUGCCAGAAUUCGCUCUGAUAAGGAUUACGACAGGAAGGUGACAUACGAGCUAACCGGGCCUGGAGUUGACGAGUCACCCCUCAACGUAUUUUCUGUCGACCCAAUCACCGGCUAUGUGAAAAUCCAUGCCAUUCUGGACCGAGAGAAGAUAGCCUUCUAUCACUUAAAAGGUGUGGCCAAAUUCAGUGACGGGUCCUACGCUGAAAAGGAUAUUGACCUUAAAAUUUCUGUUGAGGACGUGAAUGACUGCACGCCAAUCAUCACGGCCCACCAAGUCGGAUCUGUCAAUGAAUCGAGCGCAGCAGGCACUGUUGUCAUGAGAGUGAUAGCUACUGACGCCGAUCAAAAUGGCACAGCCCACACCCAACUCUACUACAGCAUUGCAGAAGAGAGUAACCGAGAUGGGAUGUUCUACAUCAACACUCAGACUGGAGAAAUCUUUGUUAAACAGAGCACUCUGGACAGGGAGACAAAAGAUACAUACAAGUUGAUCAUCACAGCCUCCGACAUGAAUGGACAAGGGGGAGGAAACACAGGACAAGGGGAAAUUGAGAUCAAACUUCUGGACAUAAAUGACAAUAUACCGACCUUGGCGAAAGAAAAGUAUGAAGGGAGUGUGGAGGAGAACACUAUUAACACGGAAGUGAUGAGGAUCCAAGCCGUCGACAUGGAUCUGGUUAACACUGACAACUGGCUGGCCGCAUAUGAAAUCGUUUCAGGGAACGAGGGGGGCUAUUUCACCAUCACUACUGAUACCAAGACCAACGAGGGAAUCAUCAUGAUUAACAAGGCCCUGGACUACGAGGAACUGAAGGUUCUCGACUUGGGUGUGGCCGUUUCCAACAAAGCGCAGUACAAUUUUGGUCAAAAGACCAUGAACGUAGUCCCAAAAUCCUACCCCGUUAAGAUCAAUGUGGUCAAUCAAAAGGAAGGCCCCCGUUUCCAACCAAGUGUCAAAGUGGUGACUCUCUCCGAGGACCAGUCCUCCAUCUCCAUCAACCAAGUCAUCACCACUUACUCUGCUAUUGACAGUGACACGCUGCAGACAGCCACCAACGUGAGAUACGCAAAAAUCCGGGAUGCUGACAACUGGUUGAUUAUUGAUGAAAAAACCGCGGAAAUCAGGCUGAAGAAACUACCUGACAGAGAGUCCAAGUUCUUGGUCAAUGGAACAUAUUAUGCCGAAAUUAUAUGCAUGACGAAUGAUAAUCCGUCAAAAACAGCCACGGGAACCAUCGCCAUUCAGGUGGAGGACUCCAAUGAUGACUGUCCAAGACUGACUGCUACAUCUCACACCAUGUGCCUGGAGGAUAAGGUGAUCUACGCCACAGCCGUGGACCACGACGAGUUCCCCAAUUCGGCGCCAUUUGAGUUCACUGUGAUUGAGCAAGGGGGAAGCAAGGGGAAGUGGACAGUGGAGCAUUUUAACGAUACCACAGCCAUUCUGCGAGACAAGGCCAACUUGUGGCCAGGCAUCUACCAAGUGGCGGUGGAGGUCAAGGACCAGCAAGGGAAAUCGUGCACUGUUGUUCAGAUGAUGGAUGUGACUGUGUGCUCUUGUCGGGAAGACAUUAAAACGUGUCAGUCCCGCCGCACAAAGACGACUGGUUUGGGAGCCGGAGGUAUCCUGCUUCUGCUCCUGGGACUGCUGCUGCUGCUGUUGGUGCCCCUGCUGCUGCUAUUCUGCCUGUGUGGAGGUGGUGCAGGCGCAGGAGAUUUCAAGCCCAUUCCGUUUGAUAACAAACAACAGCUGAUCUCAUAUCACACUGAGGGACAGGGAGAAGACAAGGAAGUUCCCCUCCUACAUGCCCCAGUAGAAGUUGAUGGUGUCAAGAUUCAAAACGUCCAAGGAGGGUUGGAACUCGGAGCAGGAGCCGGCGGUUGCAUGACAGACUGGAUGCACAUUUACGGAUCCUCUGAUGGGCAAGGCAAAACGGGAAUUACUGGCACAGGAAUUGAGGCAGGUUGGGGAAACCAUUACAGCCAAUACGGAGCUGGACUCUUUGACGGGAUGGCUCUAUCUGAUCAGUUCCUGGAAGAGUACUAUACAAAUAAAUCAAACCAUGCCACACAGCAAUCCCAGCAGAAGGAUGGACUGUUGGUCUUUGACUUUGAGGGUCAAGAGUCUCCGGCAGGCUCUGUAGGUUGCUGCAGCCUUCUUGAGAAUGAUAACGAUCUUGCCUUCCUCAACGACCUAGGGCCUAAAUUCAAAACACUGGCAGAGAUUUGCCAAGGAUCAACCUUAGAGACCACUACUGUGGACGCAGGACUUUCCUUCUCCAUAAAUAGGCCGGUGUCUCCUGUUAGGCCCUCCACCCACACACAUGUCCACACUCACACAGAAACAAUCAAGGACCGGGACCGUGUCAACAUCAGCACCGUCGACACGUCCAAUGUUGCAUCUGGAUCCUCCACCUUUGACCAUGUGACCACAGAGACAGCCCAGGGUUCAACUCUUUCCAAGGUACAUGUCCAGGACAAGAUAAUGAUUCCCAGUCCGACCAUGCUCAUACAGCAGCCCACUAUGUACUAUGCUGCUGCACCCAUGUACAUGGUCGAGUCACAACCCCAAAUGAUGCUUGUGUCGGGGGCCACCCAGCAGCAGGCGGUGGGCCAAAUUGGGCUAAGUCAGGGGCUUGUGCAACAGCAGGUAGUGGGCCAAGUUGGGCUAAGUCAGGGUCUUGUGCAGCAGCAGAUGUUGGGCCAAAUUGGGCUAAGUCAGGGGCUGGUGCAGGUUGGUGGUCUCCAAGGUUCUCAGGGUGUGGUCCUUGUAGACAGGCAGGUGGGAAUGGAUGGAUCCACAGGGCAGGUGGCACAAGGCCUCUCACAGGGAUCCGUCUCGAGGUCCAGAAAGGUGGUGUUGGUGGACAACGGGUCUACUGGUGGACUGCAAGGUGAACACUUUGCGCAGGGCUUCAUUCAGACAGGGCGGGGGUCUACAGAGCAGGGCUUUGAGGUCAGAGGUCAGGGCUUUGAGGUGAAAGCCCCGAGUUUUGCACUGGGUUCACUUAGUUCUUCAGCGUCAAAAGAGGACUUCUCGGUGAGCGCCACACCCAAGUUUCAAGGGAGCCAUAAACGGGUUGUGCAACAUAAGAAGGUCUCUGUCACAGAGAGAAAUAUUGAAUCUAAUACAAGAGCAUAAAGCAAACCGCUUGCAGAUCAUAUUUAUAAAUGACGCACUUGUUUCAUCUAUGCGGAAAUUUCAGUAUGCUAAAUUAUACUGUUAUAUAAACCUACUUCUGUUCAUACUGACAAAUGGCUUGUUAAAUUGUUUAGUCCUCAAGUGCAACACUGUAUGCCGUCUUAUAAUAAUGACACUACUGCUCAUAGCAAACAAAUGAUAGUUAACGUUUAUUGGUUUAAAGUAUAAUCAGUUAUUUUCGCAGUUCGACAAUAUAGGUGGCAUUACGUGACUUCUACUGUCACGGCCCAGCUGAGGGAAAGCCUUGCCAGAACAUCGCCGGUCCCAAGAAUGACACAUUUAGUGUGUGCACCAAAUGGCGGCCAUAAAAGCACUGUGUUUAUUUCAAUAACACCAGCGUGGCGUCAGGGUGGGAGCAGCCAGAGUAAACAAAACUACACUAAACCAGUCUGACAUGGGGUGUAUAUGAAUCAUUUACAUCUGAUGCCACACGGUGGUAAAACAGUGAAAAAUGAUGGGAUUGAUCCGCUGCGUUUUUUGUAGUCCAUCUUCGUUCAUUUGUAGUUUGACCACGCCAGACGCACGGCAAUAACAUCCGCCAUCGCGUGAUGACAUAGUAUAGUGAAAGUCGAGUCGGAUUUCCUUUGCACCGCUGUCGGCUUUCCCAAAGUCCUACGAGUUCUCCUUUACACUUUUCCUUGACCUCAUGCAGUUUUCCACUGAGGUCAAGGAAUAGUAGAUAGGAAGGACAAUUCGACCGCACCCCAAUACUCAAAACUCAGGAUACAGUAUCCUACUUCUAGUUCUUGUUGAUAAGACGGCACAGAAACCUCACUGUCGAAUUUUGUUAGUCACCAAGACAGAGAGCGAGAGAGAGGAACAAAAGCUUAUGUACGCAGUGUCAUGUUCCAGGUCAGGGCUGUAUAUCUUUGUGUGGUGUUUUUCUAAAGACGCUUGUUUUGCCGUCAUGAUAUUUUGGCUCUCAGCCAUGCAUUAAGCUGUUCACCUGCUGACCUUUGUGAGUGUUUAACUUAGUUUUGCUGCAUUACAUGAAACAAAGAUUAAUCCCAUUUGUAUUGUACAAUUGAUCAAAAGCACAGUGUGCAGAGGAAUCAAAGUGCCCAAGUGUUUGAAUGACUUAGUGCACCGGGAUGGGAUGUCCUGUUUACUAGUAUGGAGCAUCGUCAUCAUGGACAAUGAACCAAAGGAAACAGGACCACACAAAUUCUCCAUUGUACUAUUGCACUAAAUUUCUACAGAAUUAUGUGGGUUUUCCAUGUGUUUUGACAUGUAACGUUAAAAGAUUUUAGUGCUAAGGCUGUAGGCUGAUUGUUUUUCUUCCAAGUGUAUAUUUUAACACCAUUUCCUGGUAGGCGUUUAUUGUGUUGUUUUUAUUGUGUGUUCAUGUGGAAAGAUAAUAUCGUUUGGGGUAUGUGGAUCGGAGCAGUACCGACCACUGAAAACAUUUUGGUAGAAUGAUGUUGAUUGAUAUUGCUUUUGGUCAAUAUUUGGCAUUGAUUCUAGUGUGUAUGUUUGAAUUGUCUGCGUACACACUGAAGUUUCUAGUCGGCUGUAUGAAUUUAGCAUAUUUUGCUAAAGAAUGACAAGAGUACUAAAGCUUAGUGGUGAUGAUGUUUUCAUUUUUCAAAGUUUUGCACCUCCUCUCAUAAUAAAAUCAAAGGAAAAAAUGUUA